AUGCACAGUAUAAGAAUAUUACAUACUGAUAAUGGUAGAGAGUAUGUAAACAAAGUUUUCAAGGAAUAUUUGGACAAAGAGGGGAUAGUACAUGAGCUAACUGCUCCUUAUUCACCAGAACAAAAUGGACGAGCAGAAAGAGAAAAUAGAACCAUAGUAGAAAGUGCUCGCUCCAUGUUGUAUGCAAGAGAUGUUCCACUGGAGCUGUGGGCUGAAGCGGUGAGCUGUGCAGUUUACAUAUUGAACAGAACUUCUUCAAGCCAGACUCCGGGUAAAACACCAUAUGAAUUAUGGAAUGGUAUCAAACCACAAUUAGGUCAUUUGAAGGUGUUCGGCAGCGUUGGAUAUGUACAUGUUCCAGAUCAAUUGAGAACUAAAUUAGAAAAGAAGAGUAAAAAAAUGAUGCUUGUUGGCUAUGAUAAUACCAAUUACAGAAUGUAUGAUGUAAAUAAUAAGUCAAUCAAAAUUUCAAGAAAUGUGAUUUUUGAUGAACAUCAAACUCCAGCAAUAAGAAAGAAUAUUAAUCAGAUAUGUAUAACUGAUGAAAAUGAAGAUAAGAUACAAAAUGAUGAAACUGAAGCAAGAAAUGUGGAUGAAACACUAAUGGAAACUGUAGCAUUACAAUCUGAUGACAGCUUAUUAAGUUGCAACAGUGAUGAUCCUACAUAUGAGCCGUCUCAAGAAAUAGAAGAUGUGCCACAGUGUAACAUAAAUUUGAGGCCAAGAAAUAAUAGACGUUUUGAAGCUACCCUUGUUGAAUUGUCAUUACCUCAGACAUAUGAUGAAGCCAUACAAAGUCCACAGAAAAAUGAAUGGUCUCAAGCCAUUAGGGAAGAAUUAUCUGCACAUGAAGAGAACAACACAUGGAGUGCGGUAACAAGAGCUGGUCAGCGGACCCUUACUACCAAGUGGGUCUUCGCAAUCAAGAAGAAUGAAGAUAAUCAGACACGGUACAAGGCUCGUCUGUGUGCACGAGGGUUUACUCAGAUUAAAGAUGUGGACUACCAAGAAAUAUUUUCUCCAACUACUAGAUAUGACUCUAUAAGAAUUAUUCUUUCUAUUGCAGCAAAGUAUAAGUUAGAAAAUCAACAGUUUGAUGUAAAGACUGCUUUUCUUAAUGGGUAUCUUGAGGAAAAUAUUUUUUUAGAAGUGCCUGAGGGUGUAAUUUUAGAUAAAAGUUAUGUGUUAAAAUUAAAUAAAUCUUUGUAUGGGUUGAAACAUGCCUCUCGUUGUUGGAACAAAAGGUUCACUGAGUUUUUAAUGAAAUAUGGUUUUGUACAAUCUCAGGCUGGUAAUUGUAUUUUUAUAGGGGUUUUCAAUAAGAUUAAAGUAAUUUUAAUUAUUUAUGUUGAUGAUGCCCUUGUAAUAUCUUCUAGUAAACAACUGAUCCAAGAAAUUAUAGAAUAUUUGAAACAAGCUUUUAAAAUAAAAGUGAUGCCAUUGAGAUAUUUUGUUGGUAUGGAAAUUGAGAGAAUAAAUAAUUGUAUCCAUAUUCACCAAAGAGAUUAUAUAAAACAAAUUAUUGAGAGAUUUUGUAUGACAAAUGCAACUCUAACUAGUACUCCAGCAGAUGUCAAUGUAAUUAUGACAAAGAAUGAGGAUGAAAACAUUAUUAAUUUUCCAUAUAGGGAACUUAUUGGUUCUUUAUUAUUUUUGUGUUCUGUUUCUAGACCUGACAUAUCAUUUGCUGUGAAUGUAUUAAGCAGAUAUGUAAACAAUCCUAGUCAGCAACAUGUAAAUGCUGUCAAACGUAUAGUUAGAUACUUAAUUAAUACUAAAGAUUUGUGUAUAAAGUAUGGAGAAAGUGAUGGCUUAAUAUGUUACUCUGAUUCUGAUUAUGCAAGUGAUGUCGAUACACGUAAGUCAACAACAGGAAAUAUUUUUAUGAUGAACGGUGGACCAAUUACUUGGUCCAGCCAAAAACAAAAGACCAUUGCUCUCUCCACUACUGAGGCAGAAUUUGUAGCUGCAUGUGAAGCAGCAAAAGAAAUGAUAUGGCUGCGGCAAUUAAUGUUAGAUUUAGGUGAAAAUUGUAAAUGUGUAACUAUGUUUAUUGAUAAUCAAAGUGCGAUAAAACUAAUAAAUAAUCCUAUUUAUCAUAAAAGAACGAAGCACAUAGAUGUUAAGUACUAUUUUAUUAGAGAAAAAGUUGAGUUGGGCAUGAUUAAAAUUAAUUAUGUUCCUAGUAAAGAUCAAUUAGCAGAUAUAUUGACUAAGGCAUUGCCCACUCAAACUUUUAUUUAUAUAAGGGAUCAGAUAAUUAGUUAA